GUCUAGAAGCUGCUGUGGAAUAUUCCAAAAGUAAAACAAUACGGACAUAAGAAAUUUAAAAAAACAGUAACACGCGGUUUCACAUUGUAUUCACCAGUUAAUUGUGAUCUAUUGUAGUCAAAUAGUAAUAGCGAAUUUGGAAACUGAGAUCAUGAACCAGAGGUCAGAUUCGAUAGACAUUAGAGACCUACAGGAUAUACAAACACCCUUUGGCGUACCUUUAUCAGGAAUCUAUAAACGGAGCUUUGCUUAUAUAACAAUCAAGGAUAGAUUACCAGUAAUUCUAACUAAAAUAAUUGAUACUCUCAGCCGUAAUAAAGAAAACAUUGCUGACAAAUAUGGAGAGUUAGCCACAGAAGAAGUUAAACAAAUAACAGGAUUCAUUAGUAGAUUAAAAAGUGAAAUUGCAACAAAUAAAACUUUAAAGCCUCUACGGUUGUUAGCUGAUGAUAAGGAUAAUGAUGCUGAAGAAUGGAAUAAAUAUUUACUAAAAAGAACUGAAAUAGAGGGUGAAACACCAACAUGGUUUAAUACUGUUUGGUUGCACUGUGAAUGCUAUAUGUAUAGAGUUCUUGCACAAGAACUUGCUCUUAUGAAACAUAUGAAAAACUAUGAUCCUUUUGAACAACAGAAACAGAGUGCAUUUACAAAUUCAUUAACUAGCAUAGAAGCACUUUGUAAUUAUACUAUGAACCUUAUACAUAGAGCAGAGAAUCUAUCAAUAGUUGAAACCAAAGAAGAACUUCUAAAAUUUUUUAAAAUUAAUCUUUGGGGCAACAAAUGUGAUUUAUCCCUAACUGCAGGAGCAGAAGUUGGUCAGAGUAGUAAUCCUAUUGAAGUACUAAAAUCAUUAGAUAAAAACAUUCUUGUAAAUAACUCAGAUUUUGUCUGGAAUUUACUCAGAAAGAGAAACAGUAAUGCAGAUAUUGUAGAUAUGAUAUUUGAUAAUGCAGGAUAUGAACUUUUUACUGAUUUAUGCUUAGCUGUAUUUCUACUUGCUAGUAAACUUGCUGGAAAAAUAAGGUUUUAUGUAAAACGUUAUCCGUGGUUUGUUAGUGACACAACAAUAAAUGACUUUUACUGGACUCUAGAGUACAUGAAAAAUUCACCAAAUGAAGACUUACAAGAAUUAGCUAAAUUAUCAAGUAAUUACUUGAAGAACAAUAUAUGGACUAUUGAGGAAGAACCAUACUGGACAGGACCUUACGAUUUUGCAGAGAUGAAAGAACAAAAUCCAGUGUUAUAUGCAAAAUUAUCAGAAGCUAAGUUAGCAAUAUUCAAAGGUGAUUUAAAUUAUAGAAAGUUGCUGGGUGAUAUAAAUUGGGAAUAUACAACACAAUUUACACAAGCAUUAAGAGGUUUUCAACCAACAAAUGUCUUAAGUUUGAGAACAGUAAAAUCAGAUGUUUGUGUUGGUUUAUCAACUGGUGUAGCAGAGGAAUUAUUUAAGAAAGAUGAAAAUUGGAUGUUCACAGGAGAAUAUGGUCUCAUUCAAACAACUUUAGCUGGAACUUGUCAAUGUUCUGAUAAAGUGUGUUAAAAUUCUGUAACUUAUGGAGUAUUCAGA